GCAGUGUACUCGCGACUGUCUGACACACGCACGUGUGUUUCUUCUUUCAAUAACUCAUCGAUCUACGAUUAAGUAGUUAAGUAAAAUUUAAUCUGGAUUCAAACUAUAAUAAUAAGUGUGGAUUUUAAAUAUUGUGCACAAUCAAGUGUGAUCAUGUGAGUUAAAGUGUAUUUGUGAACACACAAAAAGGAUUGAACUUUUUUUGUUUUGAUCACAUGCACGUGUACGGGAGCCGCCGGAGCCAUGUCUGCUGUGAUGAGCACACUGUCCAUGAUCAGCGGCGGCAGGCGCGCGCACCGCAAGCUCGCCUCCAGUGGCCGCAAGUCCGGACAGUUCUCUGACGUGGGCGAGGACAGCCACCGGCGGCAGAAUGAGCUCAAACAGCAGAGGUCCGCCUCUUUGCAAACGUUGGAGACCGGCGGGGGAGGGGUCGUCAACCUUGAAAAUCUGGAGGCGAAGAUGGCGAGUAUAGAAAUAUCCCUGGCCGGGUCGAGGCGGCGCAGCGCCGGCGCGCGCGACAUCUCCCGCGAGCUGGACGCGCUGCGAGCUGCGCUCACUGACAAAGACACACUCAUACAAAACUUAAAGAAACAACUCAGCGCGUCCCUAAGCGCAGCCCGGUUGGCCGCAUCAGCCACGACCCCGCCAGCAUCCCGCGCCACCACCGAGGAGUACGCUGCCACGUUGUCGGCGGACGAGCGGCGGGCGUUGGAAGAACGCGCAGCCGCUAUACGCAACGACCUGGAGACCAAGCGCGCCAACAUACAGGACCUGAGGAAGCGACUGGAUAAAACGCAUGUCACCGACAACAUAGACACGCGGAUACAACAAGCGGAGCUGCAGUAUAAGCUGGGCCGCGAAGAGCUGGAGCUGCUGACGCUGGGUGAGCAGGCGCGCGCCCUCGCACAACUCAUAGAGCAGGUGGACGCGGCAGCCAAGAGGAACGACCGCGUCACACUGCACAGUACGGUGCGCGAGUGUGGCGGCACUGCAACGCUGGUGGCUGCAGAGGCUCGGGAAGGCACGUGGGGCGCAGCACCCCGGGGCUCCGGCAUUGCCAUUGAAUGGGCCGGGGACAACGCUGGAUUAAGAGCCGGCGACAGAUUACUGGAGGUGAAUGGCACUUGGAUGGUGUCGUGUCGCAGCCUAGAAGAGGUGCAGCGAGCUGCGAGCUCUGCGUCCCCUGCGAGACUGGUGGUGGUGCGCGGGUUCCCAGCGCAGACGCACCAGCCCCAAACACAGCCAAAUACGUUCACUCAGAACGAAGCAUGUUCACUGCGCGCGGAGCUGAACGCGCUACGCGCUGCUGCCGAGGAGACAGAGCGCGCGAAGGAGAGCCUGCGCGCCGACAACACGCGCCUCACUCACCGCAUAUCCUACCUCGAAGAACAGGUCGCCGACAUGCUCGCCAGGCAUGCACAGGUUCAACAUACAAGUAGCAACGACAGCUGCAUAACCGUCAAUAAAUCGAAGAAGAACGUGACCAAUAUCAAUAUUACUACAGAACCUCAGUCAAAAAGCAAACAUAGUCCAAAAUCGGAGGUUCAAGUAUUCCAGAAAGGUCCAGACAUCACUGCCAUCGUCGCCAAGUUACCUGGACUGGACGGAGCCGAAGCCAACCUACCUCUUAUGAGACCAAGGUCUAACGCUUCUGGAGCGUCAUCCAGAGCAGCGGUAUCUCCUCGAGCUUCCCCGCCUCCUAACUACAGAUCUCACAGCUCGCACAGUUUGGAACACAAAGCAAGUCGGAUGCGUCACUCUCUUUCCCAUCACUGCAUUCAUGGAGCUAUAGAUUACAGCGCAGAAACGGACGCCGCAAUACGGAUGAUCGAACGAAACCAAAGGCACAUGGAAAAACAACGUUUGAAAUCAGAAAAAUUAAACAGAAGCAAAACAGAAGAGUACUUCAGAUCAGAUAGCGAUUUAGAUUCCCGAAUAAGCGUGAGUACUUGCGACCCCAAACAUUAUGAAAUUAAGAAGGCAGCUGAUCGAAUAGAAGAAAGCAUCAAGAAAACCAAUUGGGCCGAGAGGAAGACACUUUCCAUUAUUGAACAACUGAAGCGGUCGCAGCGAUUGCGGAAGAUGAAGAAAAAUGACAGCUCUGAGGAUGUACAGUUGGAAUCUGAGAAGCAUUACAUGUAUCAUAGAAUAGAUGGCAAAGUGUUGGAGAAUGCCCACAAGUCGAGCCGAAGAUCGUCUAAAUUGCAUAGUAGAAGCGCAAAAUCCUCAGAAUUCGAAUCAGAAUGUUCAGACUAUCCUAACGGUGACAUCUACAGCAGUUCUCCGAGGAUAGACUACGGAUCUGAGAGCUGCUCGAGGAUGAGUUACUACAGAAAAAACGAGGACAGACGAGAUAGUGACGUGAAAUCGAGACCGACUCCGCCGCGGAAGCCACUGCGCCUGUCUUUACAUAAAGCGCGAAGUGCACACUCUCUAAUAAACGGUAGCGAGUCGGAGACACCUAGUAGGCCACCUUCAGAACUGCAAAACGGCGAUGUCCAAGAAUCUCAAAAGAGGCCAGUGAAAAGAACUCACGGAGCGGAUAAAUGGGCGAGAGAAAGAAUAAGAGACCCAGGACGAGCUACUCCGAGGCCGAUACGGAAACUCAUGAAUGGUCUGAGUGCGUGUGAGACACCAGCCGCCGACGCUCUGUAUCCGGAAAAUACUCAUAAACCGAUGAAGGCGAACGGAGUGAUGCAAUCGGCCAGCAAGUGGUGCUAACGCCCUAGGGACCACUGUAGAACAAUUACACUGUGCCGUUAUGAAACAACAAUAGUAAUUGAUACAAAUAUACGUUUCACACACUUUUCGUUUUGUGAAAUCGUAGAAAUAACUGAAGUAACUAGUAUCUGUGUAGAAAUAGAUACCAAAUAAAUAUCUACCUACAUAAAUAAAUCAGUUUCGUAUGUAGCACAGUGUAUAUCAGGGGUGGCCAAAUUGACUAGACCUAAGAUCUGUUUCCUGACGAAACCCUGUGCGAUCUACCAAUUACAUACUUUUUGAAAUCUCAAAUAAAACAACAUAGUUCACUCAGUUGUGUAGUAAUGCAGUAUUUUUUAUUUUGUUAAGAGGGAAAACAUAAAAUUGAAAAUUAUUCUUAGUAACUACUUAUUUAUAUUAGUGUGAGCAUUGCGUCUGAGCAUCUUCCGCUAGAUUAGCAAAAUAUUAUAUUUUUUGCCUUGCCACGAUCGACUGGACUAAGUCGCGAUCGACCGGUUGGCCACCCCUAGUCUAAAUGAUCCAUGAACUAAAUGUAUACAAGAGGCUAACAUAGCUUACUUUAACUAUAAUAUCUGUAAAUAUCUAACGACAUUAAUAUGGUGACAAUAUGGUAAUGGUCAAAUUACCACUAGAGGAUGAACAGUUUAGAUAAUACACACCUCGUUCUCGCUGUAUGUAAAACCAGAAUAUAUCAGAAGCAAUUUUUUAAUCCACAAUCUUUGCCAGAGACGGUUAGGUGACAGUUUAUAAAUUAUUGUAUUUUAUCUGUAAAUAGACUUAACGUACAUUAAGCACCCACCGCGUGAAUACUCACCUUAAUAUAUAUAAUUAUUAAAUAUAAGCGCGUUUGUAAUACAUUUGUAACACACGAUCUAUGCAUAAUGAAUAAAAGAAUAAAUC